CCUCCGCUGCAGCCCCUCACUUACUCCUACCCGUCCCGCCCUUUGCUGCUGCCCCUCAUCCACGCCCACAGCUGCUGCUGCUGCCGGCUUCCGAGCCUGACCGCGGGCGAGUGGCCGGCUCCGCGGGAAUACCACUGCUUCCACAGCCAAGGCGCGCCCCUGGCGGCCGCGCCGCCCUCGUGGGCCUUCCCGCAGACCUACGCCGCGGCCCUGCGCCCGCCUUACCCCACGCCCGGCUACCUGGGGCCAUUCCUACAGGGGUGCGCGGCGGAGGGGAUGGCGGCCGCCCAGCGCAACGCGCCGUGGCCGGAAGGCAGUAGCUUGCAGCUCGAGCUGCGAUGGGGCCGCAUGGAGCGUGCUCUGGGCCCGCGCCUCCAGCUACCCGACGUGGUGCGGCGGGAGCUGCGGCGGAUGUACGGCACGUACCCGCGCACCGACGUGCGCGUCACCUACCGCGGCGGCCAGUUCCUGCUUCAGGCCGCGCCGCGCGUCCCCGAGCCUGAGAACCGUGUGCAGAGGCGCGUGCUUCGGCCGUCCGCCAGCAGCGGCAGCGAAGACAGCAGCCCGGCCGCUGAAGCGGCGGAGCGUAGCCGUCGGAGGAAGAGAAAAGGCCAGAGCUGAGGACGCUGAAGGGUCCGGUGGCCGGCCGGGUGAGCACGCGUGCGGCUCUCCUCCCCUGCGCGCCGCUGCCCACCCGCGACGAGGGAGACCUCCGCGGUGCGCGGGAGCUGGGUGCAUCUGUCACUCGCCUUUUUUUUUUUUUUUUUUUUAACCAAAACUGCACGCCUCCCACCUGCUGCAUUUCCCUGAUUUCUCUCAUUUUAUUGCUGGAUGGCGGGGGGAGGGCGAGAAGAUUAUCAAGGACAUCUCUUCUUGUUUCUCUUCCCUUCCGCUUGGGCUUGGGAAGCCUGGGUUUGGGGUGGAAGAAGGGCCUGGACCCUUUGUUUCGUCUCUCCCUCCUCCCCAUCUUAGAAGCCUGCCCUGCACCAAGCCCCCACUUCCCCUUUUUCCUCUCCUCCCUCUACCAAAGCUCCCAGAACUGCCCAAGUUCCUUCCCAAGCUGAGGGCCCACCCAUCCGCAGAUUGUAGUGAAAAGUAAAUAAAUGAGUGAAGUCAAGUGUA